UCUUCAUUUUUAUUUUUAGUUCAGUUAUACAAAUAAGAUGUUUUUCUCACUGUUCAGUGUUAUCAACAUUUGAAACUAUUUUUGUACAUUAUUAUCCUCUCUGAUUUCUAAUCCUAUGCAGCUUUGCAAGGACUAAUAGGGAAUGUAUAGAGCCCAUGCGAGUUAAACCUUUAAUAAAGAGCAAUUUGCAAGUACAAUUCUCUCAUUAUUUUUUUUAUCGAUACUUCUGCAUAUUCAGUGAAAUCUAAAGAUUAGAGUUUUAUGAAUAAUUCAGUGUUUAGGCUGUCUGAUUCAUGUACUCCAAAUCUGGGAUGUGGUUUUGGAGGGAAGAGAGGAAGGAUUCAGAGUUUAUUUGCUGUCCGUGAGGCUGUGCUCCACAGGAGUGUGGUGAUGCCCGGCACUGUGGUUCUCCUGCCCAUGGAGGACCAGCCCUGGCACAAGGCCUGGCCCCAAGCCCACAGGCUGUCCCCACACUGUGCCACCUGGCUGCUGCUGCUGGUGCUAGGGGCAAACAAGGAGGCAUCACAGAGCUACCAGAGAGGUGAUGGAUGGAUGGAUGGAUCCAGGAUGAGGAAAUGCGCCCAAACCUUAUGUGGUGCCAGCCCCAGCAGCUCUUCUGUGCCCCCACUGUCCCCUUCCUGGGGAAUUCAGAAUUGGACUGGAAAUGAAGCAAUAAACAGGCUGGUGCUGGUCUGGGGAGGAGGAGGGCGUGUGGGGCUCCAGGCAAUGGGUCUGUCUCCCAGCUCCUUGCUCCAGGCCUGGCUCCUACUGGCACCUCAGCCAGGAUCUGGCCCCUGGGCUCAAGAGGUGGGCACAGAUCUUGACAAGGGUCUCUGUGGGCAGUGCUUUUCAGGUGCAUUUCUGUGGCCGGUUGAGAUGGCCAUGAGCCAGUCCUGCCAUCAUGCAACCCUGCCUUACAACUUCCUCACAUUUCCAACAGACAGUGCACACAAAAUCCCUGUGAGUCCUGCCUGAGGUGGAUGGUCUCUGCAGUGAGGACAUCUGCACUGUUUCUACACCAAAGAGCCAUUGGUGUUGUUCUCAGGCUCUCCUCACAAGCACAGGUGCCUGCAUGGAGGGGUCGUGGAAGUGGCAUGGCUGCCCCAGGGCUGGGAGUGCUCUCCCCUGAACGUGGAAUUCAGUGCGUGGGGGCAGACUGUUGUCCUGCUUGUGACGCUUGGGGAUACCGGGAGAGAGUUGCUCCUCCUGUCUCUGCUGGCUCACCAAGAAACUCUUAAUUUUCCUCCUCUCACUUGUGGAAUCUUCCCCUCCCACCACCAUUAUGAGUCCCAUUUCCAUGCUUGGUAAGGAAGACAGCACAUCCCACCUUCACACUGGCAAUGGGUCUGGGGGUGCCCCAUGCUCUGGGUUGGUUCCCUGUGAACCCCACAGCAAGAGCUGUCAGCAAGCUGCAGUCGCAGCACCCCAACACCCAGCCUGCAGCAAAUAGACACCUUUUGUCUGCCUGUUCAGGGUGAUCAGCCUGCAAAACCCCCAUCUCUCAUCCUUUCCCAAACCCUCUGCUUAGAUGUGCUCCUUCUCCCUCCAGCCCCUCACAAAGCUUUGGCAAAGGGCCAUCAACUUCCAGACCCUGCUUCCACCAGAGCAAUUAGCAGCUGACAACUAGCACCUGCAGCCCGGCUGUUCAUCAGAUAAAUUGGAUGGAGGUGAGCUGGAUGUGAUAGCAGGGCUUGGGUGCUGUGGAGAGAGGUGUCUGUGCCUGCCUGGGUUUGUGUGCCGCUAUGGAGCCUACAGGUAAGGGGUUUGCAAGUGCUGUGGGGCUCCUCAGAGCUGGAGCUUGGGCUCAGGCUCUGACCUACGGUGGCUGUGGUCCCUGGGGGGCUAUAGAGAUGAGCAGGGUUGUGGUUGCUUGACUUCUGGGGGCUUUGAGGCUGCGGGGGGUGUGAGUGUCUCAGCAGUGGGCUCCAGUCCCAAAUGAUCCCUCUUUUAGCAGCCAAAGCUUCUGGUGUCGCCCGGCGUGGUCAGGCCCAGCACCCUCCCACCCUGCAGAUGGUCAAAGAGGCUCUGCGGGCCCAUGAUGAGAAGAAAGGCGCUUCUGUUGUGGCCAUCAAGCGUUUCAUCCUGGCCAAGUACCCCAGUGUGGACCCCAUCCGCCUCAAGUACCUGCUGAAGCAGGCGCUGAGCAAGGGGCUGAGCUGUGGGGAGCUGGUGCGGCCCCAAAACUCCUCUGCUGUGGGGGCCACGGGCACCUUCAAGCUAGCCCACAAGAAGCAGCUGGGCCAGGCAGACGCUGAGAGCGGCCAGGCCGGAAAGCCGGGACAGAAAGGAGCCGCCAAGGCUGCCCAGGCCCCUGUGGCAGGAGCACAACAGCAAGGUGCCACCAAGCAGCAGCCAGCAGCCACCAAGCAGCCCAAGGCGAAGCCUGUGAAGGCCAAGCCUCCAGCAGCACAGAAGCCCAGGAGUGAUAAAGCAAAGCAUCCUCAAGCUGCUGAGCAGCCCCAGGCUCGUGGCACGGGGCCUGCUGGGGCCCCAAAAGCUGCCAGCCACCACCAGGCCCCCCGGAAAGGACGCUCCAAACCCAGCACAGCCCUGGCUGCUGAGAGCACAGGAGACAGUGACAGUGACAGCAGUGACAGCUCUGCCAGUGCUGGGGUGAAGGGGCCCCAAAAGCCCCCCAGGGGAAAGAGCAAGGGGAAGGUGCCAAAGGGGGCACAGCAGAAUGCCCCCAAGGCACAGCGAGGUCAAGAUCAGGCAAAGAAGCCCCGGGUGAUGCCAGGAGCUCGGCAGGGGAAGAAGGCCAGGCCAAAGAAGGCAGCCCCUGUGGCAGCAGACAAAAAGGCUCCAUAGCGAGCUUAGCUCUGCUUCAGCUGGCCCCAGGCCCUUGGGGUCUGGGCUGGUUUCAGUCCCUAGGACAGGUUUUAACUCUGUGCUCAUCUCAUUCUAAUAAAGUGUCUUUACUUGCCUCAUGGAAUGCCAUGACUGUUGUGGGUCCCUGUGCUUCCAUGGCUGUGCUGACAUCCCUGAGCCGUGUCCUCAACCUGCAUGGCAUGGUGGUGAGCUGUGCUGCAGGUG